UUGUAUCUUCAUGCAAGUCUUUUGUCGCAUACCACAUAAACCCGCUAGGCCCAUAAUGUAGUUAUAAUUAGAGGAUAUUAUUUUCCAUCUUAGGCCCAAACAUACCGCAUCACUAAGCCCAUUCUUAUGCUUAGCGAAUCACAGUCACGCGCCCUCGGAAUGAUUUUUGUGUUCUGUUUCAUGUGUGUUCUGUUUUUUUUUGUUUCAACGAACAUAAAUAGAGAGAAAGGGUAAAAUAGACAUUUUAUAAGCCGUCCUCGUCAACGUGCUUGGCUUCACUUUCCAAAAAUAGGCUCUUCUUCUUCCUUCAGCUUCUUCUCUUAAAACAUUUCUCCGAAGAAUUUGAGAAUCUGACUCCAACUUUUUCGAUCUUUCAAAAGAAGAAUGGCGUCGGUGUCACCAUUGGCAAAAUAUAAAUUGGUGUUCCUAGGAGAUCAAUCUGUCGGCAAAACCAGCAUCAUCACUCGUUUCAUGUAUGAUAAGUUCGACACAACCUACCAGGCUACUAUUGGAAUAGACUUCUUAUCUAAAACAAUGUACCUUGAAGAUCGCACUGUUCGUUUGCAGCUAUGGGAUACUGCUGGACAAGAAAGAUUCAGGAGUCUAAUACCAAGUUACAUCAGAGAUUCUUCUGUUGCUGUUGUUGUUUAUGAUGUAGCCAAUAGACUCUCAUUUCUCAACACAUCCAAGUGGAUCGAAGAAGUCCGUACUGAAAGAGCUGGCGAUGUUAUCAUUGUUCUUGUCGGUAACAAGACUGAUCUUGUCGAAAAAAGGCAAGUUUCUAUUGAAGAAGGAGAUAGCAAAGGUCGUGAAUAUGGAGUUAUGUUCAUCGAGACAAGCGCGAAGGCAGGAUUCAAUAUUAAGCCUUUGUUUCGCAAAAUCGCUGCGGCUUUACCGGGAAUGGAAUCGUAUUCAAACACUAAAAAUGAGGAUAUGGUUGACGUAAACCUGAAACCGACUUCGAAUUCAUCCCAAGGUGAUCAACAAGGAGGAGGUUGUUCCUGUUGAUGAUCAGAAGAAAGAAAAGAGAUAUAUAUUUCCCAUGAACAAGAAGAACCUUAGAUCGUCCGGUUUUAGAUCACAGACUGGUUCCAUCAAUAUCAUUGUCUGUCCAAAUGCUAUAUUCAAAGAAAUGUAGUGAAAUGUUAGUUUUCAACUAUGAAACAUGUUUUUGUGAAUUCUGAGUUGUUACCAAGACUCUCUCUACAUGUGAGUGUAUCUUUUAUUUUGACAAUGGUUGAAGUGAUAUACAGUAAAUUAGGAAAGGGUCAGUAAGA